AUGCUUCACACUUUGUUGAAAACAACAAGAACCAGCCUUGCUCUUCAGCUUCAUUCAAACUUCAAGCCAUUGAGGUUGCUCACCACGUACAGCAAGAACCCCCAGAUUUUCAUCCACGAGAAGCAACCCAACUACUUCACCUUCUCCCUUUCAAGACAGCCCGAGUCAAUCCCAAUCGGCACGUCGCAAUCUACCGAUCCAGCGCCAUUGGAUUUCCACGUUGACUCCCAUUUCAAGUCGCUUCUAGACAAGACGUUAGCUGAUAAGAUCUACAAUGACUUUACAUUCGUGAUGGAGGCCGGCACCAAUGCCAACUCGUUCAUGCCAGUUUAUGACUUUAGAGAGAUUCCACGCUACUCGCGCACUCCGUACAUUGAAGAUGUGUUUGGAUACGUGCAGGUUGACGACAAGGGGAACAUUGUGCCUGGAUCGUGGCAAAAGAAUGACAUGUAUGAGAUUUGCAGCGGAAAGACCGGAUUGUGCAAGUUUAGUGAUUACAUGUAUGAGACGUUGCAAGAAGAAGUCGAAAAGGAGAAGAAGAGCUACGACAAUUGA